AUGGAUCGACAGAUGCAAUUAAGUCAAAAAAUGAAACAAAUGAGCGGUGAUGUGGAGAAGUUAUGGCAAGUUUUCCGAGCGAAGGAAGCUGUAUUGGAGGAUGUACUUUGUUCUUUGAAUCUAUUACCGAGACAUCCCAAAAGUGCUGCAUUGAUUGAAAAUGUUCUACAUUCACGCCUUAAACCGCUUGUAAGUAAGACUGUAUUUGACGGAUUUUAUUGUCAUAUUGCCUGGUGUGCUGUGUUCGAGGAUGAUGUUUGUAUUGCGGUGGAAGUGGAAAACGAUACUCAAGAAAUAAUAUUGCCUUCGUGUGUUGUCAUCUCCAAAGAUGAAAUGACGGAUACGACGACUAUCAUUUUCGAUAACUUCCUGACAGCGCAAUAUAUUCUACAAAAAUGUAAGCGAACAUUGUUGGUUAGUUUUCAAAAAGGACUUUUACUCAACGAACAAUUAGCAUUGGUAUUAGAUUGUGAUAUUGUGAACGAACUUAAUCUAUGUCCAGAUUUAGCGUUUCUGUCUUUUUUUCAAUUUGACAAUAUCGAGAAGCAGACAAGAUUUAUAAGAGUUCUCACGAUUGAUAAACCCAUUAAAAAGUUUGACUUGUCCAAAUUGGAUGAUCUACCUUUGAAAGAGGGAGUGAAGUUAUAUCAAUGUCUUUGUACUUCCAAAUUUUCAAAAUUUCUCGAUAUCGCACCAUCCCAUUUGCGCAUUCUUCUUCACAGUAUUGGAAAAUUUAAUGAAGUGGAUUUUGGAAACUGGCAACUUUUCAUUGGCGAAAAAGAUACUAUAUGGAGUGACUAUGUGCUUUAUGCAAAUUCAUUAUUUAUUGAAGGUUCACCGGUUCAAUGUCGAGUAUUUGCAAAGUCAAUUUUUUUUCUCUUCAUUAGCCUACAGCUCUGCUUGCAAGAUCCACAGAAAUUGCGGAACGCAUGGAAUGUUCUUGAAUUAUCAAAAGAUUGGAUUAACAUUGUGCUGUAG